UACAAAUACAGCUCACUAAUCGCUGGCCACGCGUGGACGAGGGGAGACCGGACUGAUCAUCGACACAUAAACAAAUACCCCGACCUUCUUCUUCCUACCUCUGCUCGUUCCAAUCCUUUUCACUCACCAUCUCAUCUCAUCUUGUCUUUCAUCUACACCAGAUCUACGAUAAUACUUAGUACACAAUGUCUCUCCCCUCUACUCAGACGCAGUGGGUUGUCACCAGCAAGGAGAAGGGCUUCGAUGGCCUUGUCAAGGAGCAGGGCGCCGUCCCCCAGCCCGGCGACAACGACGUUCUCGUCCGUCUCUACGGUGCUUCCUUGAACUACCGUGAUCUCAUCAUCCCCCAGGGCAAGUACCCCUUCCCCCUCGACCUCCCCGUCGUUGCCGCCUCCGAUGGCGCCGGUGAGGUUGUUGCCGUCGGCUCCAAGGUCACCAAGUGGAAGAAGGGCGACAAGGUCACCACCCUCUUCAACCAGUGGCACCAGUUCGGCGACAUCGACACUCGCGCCGCCUCCUCGGGCCUCGGCGGUGUUUUCGACGGCACCCUCCGCCAGUACGGCGUCUUCCACGAGGACGGCGUCGUCCGCACCCCCUCCAACCUCGACCACGUUGAGGCCGCCACCCUCGUGUGCGCCGGUCUGACCUCGUGGAACGCCCUCUACGGCCUCAAGACCCUCAAGCCCGGCCAGUGGGUCCUCACCCAGGGUACCGGUGGUGUCUCCCUCUUUGCUCUGCAGUUCGCCAAGGCGGGUGGUGCCAAGGUGAUCGCCACCACCUCUUCCAAGGAGAAGGCCGAGAUGCUCAAGAAGCUCGGUGCCGAUCACGUCAUCAACUACCGCGAGGACCCCAACUGGGGCGAGACCGCCCGCAAGCUCACUCCCAACAACCAGGGUGUUGACCACAUCAUUGAGGUCGGUGGUGCCGGCACCCUCGGCCAGAGCUUGGCUGCUAUCAAGUAUGAGGGCAUCAUUUCCAUUAUUGGUUUCCUCGGCGGUGCUCAGCCCAAGGAGAGCAUCCUCGAGACGCUGAGCAGGAUUUGCACUGUUCGCGGUGUCUAUGUCGGUAGCAGGCAGCUCAUGGAGGAGAUGUGUGCUGCCAUUGAGGCCAACGACAUUCACCCCGUUGUUGACAAGACCAUCUUCACCCUCGACCAGGCCAAGGAGGCUUAUGAGUACAUGUGGGCCCAGAAGCACUUCGGCAAGGUUGGCAUCAAGAUCGAGUAAAUGUGCCAAUGAUUGCGAAUUGGCAUCAAAAGUGGGUAGAGGUUUUGAUGUUAUGAUGAAAUACAAUAGUGUAAUGAUAUCUUGAUGACACGACAAUGGCGCGCCUUACUCUUUGUUCUGGUGAUGCUGAUCCGACUUGGGACAGUUAGCUCUUGCGGUUGUCCUCUCCCACAUUUCCGUUCUAUUUUCUCCCGACUAUACCAUUUUCACAGAUGAUACUCCUGCGGUCCAUUAACCUUGAUUCCGUUCAUAACCCAAAGCCGAUCAACGCCCAUAUCCGCACUGCCACUGUUUAUAAGUUAGCUUGUAUGUCGGUUCGAUCUGACCAGCAGCCGCGUUGGGGUUUCUGAAGAUGAUGUUCUUGGUCUAUCCCACCACAAAAACGUCAAAUGUAUCGCCGCCGGCUGAACCUCCACGCUUUCCAAAUCCUCCACCUGCUUCCCUCCAUCAAUCAGCUUAACCACAUUCCUGGCCGCCACCGCUGCCUGCACCAUUCCCGGCCUCGCCGCCUUAUGCGCCCCCGAAUCCGCAAUAUCGCCCACGGCAAACAUAAAAUUCGAAAACCGUUCAUCAGCGAACUGCAUCGUUGGCUUCACCUUGACAAACCCAUUCCGAGGAUUAAUCACCCUCCCCUUCUCCUCUUCUUUCUCUUCCAGCCCCACCAAGAACUGAUUAUUAGCCUCCUGCCCCGUAGCCUGCACCACCGCAUCCCCCUCCACCACACUCCCAUCCACCAAUCUCACCUCCAUCUUCUUCUUCCCUUCCUCUCCAGGCACCGGCAGUGGCCACCCUCCCUCCUCUGGCGGCACCACCGCCCUUUUGCCAAGUACCGUUUCCACCCCCAGUUCAGCAAACCGCUCCUUGAUGAUCUCGCUCAGUCGCUCAUGAUAAACAGGCAUCAACUGCUGGCGCGAGUGAACCAGCGUCACGCGCUUAGCAGGGUACAGCUCCUUGAGGUCGCAAGCCAUUUGCACCCCCACCGCGCCGCCGCCUACAAUCACCACGUGUUUGGUCUCGGGGUGGACGAUGGCGUUUUGGAAGGAUUGUAGGAACGAAAUGGAGAGAGGUUUGGUGUCGUGGGGGGAGGUGCCUGGUGGCGAAAGGCGGGUGCCGGUUGCACAGAGGAGAAAGUCGAAAGGGAUUUUGGUGGUUUUCUCUAAAGGGGAGGAGGAAAGGGAAGAAGGAAAGGGAACGGGCCGGUCGAGGGUGAGGAGGUUCCCACUCCUGGGCGAGGUGGACAGAGAGAGGACUUUGGCGGGGAGGAUUAGAUGGGAGGAAGGGGAGGAGGAGGAGGAGGAGGAGGAGGAAAAGAGGGAAGUGUAAGGGAUGAAGGCUUUGUGUUCGUGCGAGGGGAGGAUGGCGAAGCGGGGGAAGGCGAAUAGGUGGUGGAAAUGGGUGUGGGGUUCUAUGAGGAUGACCUGGAGGUUGCCUGUGUUAGUUGGUGGGCUGGGGGUUUUUGAUGGUGAGGAUGGAACGAAUGGUGACACUUACUCGGUGAGAUGAGGGAAGGAGGUUUGCGAGUUCUUUAGCUGCGGCCUUCAAGUGAUGGUCAGCAUUUCGUCUUGAUAUUUCGUGCUGUGAAUGGGCAAGAAGGGCUCUAACUCACCUUCCCAACAUAUGACCCUCCCACCACAACCACAUUUUUGAGUGCGUUCGCAGCCAUAUCUGUCUGUGGUUGUUGUACGUCGCGAUCCAUGGACAUUUGAAGAACAAAGCUGAAUAAAAAAAUGACAGAAGCAACUACAAAGGGCGUAGAGAUCAACGAGAAUCUUGGGAAGUACUUCAUUAUCAGAUGGAAAAAUUUAGAGGUAAUCAGUCGAC